UCGAAAAAAAAAAUAUGGCCACUUCCUCAAAUAUAAUAUGCCUUCCAAUUCAGUCUAAUAUAUAUUGCCUUUUUUUUCUUCCUGCCGUAUGCUCAUUUGACUUUGUCUCCUUCUGACGCCAAUUGCUUCUCCACAAAUAAUAGGCUUUCCCUCAAUUGCCAACUGCCGUCAAUGUCUUCUACCGUUUCCUGCCGUACCACUGUGUUUUUUUUUUCGAGAAAAUCAAUUGGCCACCACAAUAAUUCCUCCUCCCUCUGCCCUCUACGAAGAAUGAUUAGAUGAAGUAUGAAUCUUCGUGGGCGAAGAUUACUGUUCGUGGGGAAGAUUCUUCGUGGACGAAGAAUUGGUUUUGACGAACAAGGUUCUUCGUUGAGAAAGGUUCGUGGGCAGCGGCUGGUGUGACUGGCUGGAGAUGGAGUUUCCGGUAAUGGUGACGGCAGGUUUGAUGUUUGAUUUUGGUUUUGGUUGUGAUUGAUUGUAGAAGAAUGGGAGUUUGAACGAAGAUUGAUUUGUUUGAGAUUUGUUGAACGAUUUUGGUUUUGGUUUUGGUUUUGGUUUGAGAUUGACGAACAGAGUUUUCAAGGAUCAUAACUCCGCUCUGAUACCAUGUUGUAAAAUGAUAAUCAGAGACAAAGAUAAUCAAAGGGAACUUAUUUAUUGGUUUAUUUCUUUCAUACAAAACAGGGAAAAACGAGCCUUUAUUUAUAGGCUUUACAAGAACAAAUAAAAGGAAAUACUUAAAUAUGGAGAUGAUCUUGAGGAAUAAAUAAUUUUCUCUAAAUUAUUUUUUCCUUUUCUAACAGUUACUCGAUCCAAGGACGUGCUCAGGAUAGUUAGAUAUGGAUAUGGAUUCAGUUAAGCUAUGGCCUCCAAGCCACAGCACGAGGCUAAUACUCGUGGAGCGAAUCAUAAAAAACCUUUCAACUCCGUCCAUUAUAUCACGAAAAUACGGGCUUUUAAGUAAAGAAGAAGCAGAGGAAGAUGCCAAACAAAUUGAAUCUGCAGCCUUUGUGGCUGCAACCCAACACUUUGAAAAAGAACCCGAGAGUGAUGGAGGAUCUGCAGUCCAAGUUUAUGCGAAAGAAUCCAGUAAACUAAUGGUAGAGUUUCUCAAAACCGGGCCCAAACACAAAGAAGACCGAGACACUAUACCAGGGUUAACUACAUCAAACCAUGAACACGUGUUUGAUAUUUCUGGAGGGCGUCGGGCCUUCAUUGAUGCAGAAGAGGCUAAAGAGCUGCUAAAACCAUUAAAAGAGCCGGGAAACAAAUUCACGAAAAUUCGCUUUAGCAAUAGAAGUUUCGGGCUACCAGCAGCCCAUGUUGCUGCAACGGUCUUGUCAUCUGUUAAAGAUCAGUUGACCGAAGUUGACUUAUCGGAUAUUGUUUCUAGGAGGCCUGAGCCUGAGGCUAUUGGGGUUAUGCAGAUGUUUUCAUCAGCACUCGAGGGUGCUCAGCUGAGUGCUUUAAAUUUAUCGAAUAAUGCUUUGGGCGAGAAGGGGGUUCGGGCUUUUGGGGCUCUUUUGAAGUCUCAAGGUAAUCUUGUUGAGCUAAGUUUUAUGAAUGCUGGGAUCUCACAUGAAGCUGCAAAGGCGGUUUGCGAGUUGAUUCCUUCGACAAGUAAACUUAAGAUUCUUCAGUUUCAUCAUAACAUGAUGGGAGAUGAAGGUGCAAUCGCCAUUGCUCAACUUGUCAAAGGAUCGCCAAAUCUAGAGGAUUUCAGGUGUUCCUCCACAAGAAUUGGGUCAGCAGGGGGGGUUGCACUAGCUGAAGCACUUAAAACAUGUACCCUUCUGAAGAAACUGGACUUACGUGACAACAUGUUUGGACCAAAACCGGGGGUUUCUUUGGGUAACGCUCUUCACGCAAAUCUUACAGAAAUCUACCUCAGUUACUUGAACUUGGAAAACGAAGGAAGCAUAGCCCUUGCGAAUGCACUAAAACAAUCCAAAUCUGCCCUCGAGAUCAUAGAGAUGGCUGCAAACAACAUCACUUCAGAAGCAGCAGCCAAAGCAUUGGCUGACUGCAUGAUCUCAAACAAACAAUCUCUGACCCGAAUAAACUUGUCUGAAAAUGAAAUAAAAGACGCGGGUGCUAUAGUGAUUGCCAAAGCACUUGAAGACGCGUUUGAGCGAUUGUGUGUGGUCGAUCUGAGCACCAAUGGGAUUGAAACAGGUGGAGCUAUGGCAUUGGCUAAAGCGGUUGUGGGGAAGCCGGGAUUUAGGCUGCUAAACAUUAAUGGCAACUUUUUAUCUUCUAAAGGCAUUCAGGGUGUUAGAGAGAUAUUUAAGGAUUUCCCUCGUAUGCUUGGACCGCUCGAUGAGAAUGAUCCUCGUGGGGACGGAUUCGAUGAACUUGAAUCGAAGCUCAAGGACCUUGAAAUGAAGCAGAAAGAAUAAGUUUGUGUUACUAACAUCAAGCAUUUUCAAGAUUGUUCACUCAGGCAGUGGGUCUUAAGUUGGGUCAAAACGAGUCGGGUCGGGUAAUUAUAGUGAGUUGAGCUGACCCAUCAAUAAUUGUUUUUGGUAAAUAACUAAGUUUGCAUAAUAAAGAAUGAAAAAUAUUAUUUAAAUAAUUAUUUAAAUUUUAGUAAAACAAUUGCGGGGUGGUGAGUAUUUAAGUAGUUUAUACAAGAUUAGGCUAAAAUA